CUUAUAUUUUAGUUAUCACAAAGGAUAGAAAUGGGAAGCACUAAGGGAUCUGAUAAGCAGGUCACUGGGAAAGUCGGAAAACCGGCUAAAAAUGUUCAAUUUCGUAUAAUGGUUGGAUCAUAUGAGCAUAAUUUAUUGUGUUUGUCAUUAAUGAUGACUGGAACUAGUCAACCAAUUUUCCAACCAAUAUUCCAUUUCCAAGCACACUCACUUUCGAUUAAGUCUAUAGAUUUAGCCAAAAGAUACUUGGUCACCGGAUCAAACGAUGAGCAUAUUAGAAUUUACGAUUUACAGAAAAGAAAAGAAUUAGGUACCUUAUUAAGUCAUCAAGGUACUAUUACUACUUUACGUUUCUCGAAUGAAGGAAUUAGUUCUAAAGGUAAACAUCAAGAAAUUUCACCAAAGUUAUCUGAAGCUUCUGAUAAAUCAGGGAAAUGGUUAUUAUCUGGAUCUGAAGAUGGGAAAAUUAUAAUAUGGAGAACUAAAGAUUGGGAAUUAUUUGGAACUUUGAAAGGUCACCAAGGUGCGAUUAAUGAUUUAGCUAUACAUCCUACUGGUAGAGUGGCUAUUUCGGUAUCAAAAGAUCAAACGAUUAGAUUAUGGAACUUGAUGACUGCAAAGAAAGCUGCCGUUUUAAAAAUCAAGGGGAAAGAUCAUUUAGGUCAAUCUGGUGAAUUUGUAAAGUGGUCAACUGAUGGUAAUCAUUUUGUUGUUGGUUUAUUGAAUCAAUUACUCGUAUAUACAUUAACUCCAGGCGCCAAGAUCAUUAAAAAGGUCAAGUUUAAUUCUACUUUAAUGUGCAUUGAUAUCUUGAAAAUCAACGGUAAGGAAUGGUUGAUCACUGGUCACGGAAAUGGUACCAUUGAUUUUGUUGACUUUGAAGCUUUGCUUAAUAGUAAAGACGAAACCGGUGAAGAUAAAGUUUGGGAAACUAAAGCUCAAGUUUUUAAGCCUGUUUUCAGUUUAAGAGGUCAUACCAACCGUAUAAAAGGCAUAACUUAUCUCAAUAAUGAGGAGACUAACAAUACUCCAUAUUUGAUAUCAGUUUCCUCAGAUGGGAAAAUAGUUGUUUGGGAUGUAAGUGACGAUGUUAGAGAUCAAGUCGCAGUCUACGAUAGUGGUGAAAGAUUAAACUGUGUAGUUGCAAGUCCUGAAACAGUUGAAAAAUUCAACACCAUGAAAAGACGUUAUGACGAGACUGAAGAUCUUGCAGCAGCCAGUGAGUCUGAAUAUGAAACUGACGGGGAAGAAGUUAAGAGAGUUAUGUUGAAUGAAGGUAAAAAGAAGAGAAAAGGUAAGAAAAAUAAAAAGAAGGUUAGUGUAACUUUAGAAUAAGCAUUUAAUAUAAAAGACUAGCUA